AUGCCGUCAAGAUCAAGUUUACACGAUGCAGGUGAUCUAGAAAUGGACAGUUUUAAUCCAAGUGAACCACAAAGUGCUUCAAUUCAUCGUCCUUUACGUCGUUCUGAAGGGAUACCGAAGUUUCAGUUUCCAACUCAUGAUGUUAGACCGCAAAUGCCACCCAGACGUAUGGAGUCAGAUGUUUUGGAUAUGGACGAUUACGGUUUACGAGAACCACAAUCUUCGUUUAGACAACCUGUUCACAUCGAUGAACCUUUAAGACCUUCUGUUCCUCGUCGAGUUGAAGGGAAACAAGGAUUUCAGUUUCCAAGUUAUGAUAUGAGAUCAGCACCACUACCAUCACCAGCAGGCCGUUUGAGACGAAGUGAUCAAUACGACAAUAGUGAUGUGGAUAUGAUGAAUGGAUUCGAUCUUCCUGAAAUAGAAGAUGAACAGUCAGUCGUAUGGGUUAUUAUGGACCAUCUUCAUCAUACUCUGAUCCAUGGGGUUCGGCUCAAAUGA